AUGAACGUCUUCCUGAACGGAAGUCACUUAACGUCACCGGAAAGAUCACAGUUCACCAACACUAACACCACAUUAUCAUCAUCCCCAGACACAGUUACGAAUUUCACAUCACAAACCACCUUCAAACCACGAAAGAAUUCCGAUGAUCAAACGGAGAAAAGAAGUGCCUACACUAUCUCGAAUAUCCUCGAAAAGAAACAAAACAGUCCCGUGGCGACUAGUUCAUCCGGUAGUGAUGAUGAUACCGGAUCUCCGCGAUGUGGAUCCACUGAAGAAGAACACGGGAUUCUUGUUAUUAUGUUCUAUCUGCGAAGGGGUCAUUACAAGCAGCUGAUCACCAAGGAACCUGCUAUACAAGCCUAUUUGUCGUUUCUGGUCGGACAACAGCUAAAUUCAGCAGCAGCAGUGGCAGCUGCGAAUCCACUUCGUAUUCUGGCACACGAUCAAGGCUUCAAGCCAAAAAAGUCCUAUCUAGUUGUUGAAGAAUCGAAAGAGCUAUUGAACUAUCCAGGGAAACCUGAAUGA